AAUAUCACUAUGGCUCCCCGCUCGCAGCUGGAGAUCACCACCUCCUCAGUCCUCCGUCUGGUUAAGGAGGAGACAUCGUACCAUCGUGAACUGCAGCAGCAGACGGAGCGCGUCAAGAAGCUGGAAACCCAGACCGGUGACGAGGAUGAGAACCGGGAGUACCUGCUGAAGCAGGAGCACCUGGCCCUUGAGGAAACUAAAAAGGUCCUCCCGAACUUGAAGCUGAAGAUUGCGGAUACAGUGGCCAGCCUGGAAGCCCUGGUUGUCGAGGAGGGCAAGAAGGGCUCGGAGAGCAAUGUCGAGCACAUCACCGCCGCAAAGGAAGCCAUUGCUCAGGCCAAGACUGCGGAGCGAGAAGUGUCGUGA